AUGAUGCAGCAGCAGAGUGCUGGCGCUGGUCGCGGCAUGAUGAUGGGCCAGACACAAGGUGGUGGCUACAUGGGUAUGCCGAAUGUGCCUUCGCAGUCCGGGCCCACAGCGCCCGUUUCGUUGCUCCACCAAUCGUUCAGGAAUCCUAAUUGGCCACCGAAUUUCAUCACUCCGGAUAAUGUGCUGGAUUAUUUCUGCGAUCCGGGCAAUGUGUUCUACGAUGUCUCCUCGUGUAAUCAGCACAUCAAAAUGCAGAAUCUCAAUCGGCCGUUGCACGAAUGUCUGCAGUCGAUGCAGGGUAUACAGUAUACGGUUGUUGGAGCAUGCCCUCCACUCUAUGUGAUUUUGAAACAGCGAAGAAACAGCCCAACAAAUGAUUCACUUCGUAUGGCGCUCGAGCAGGCUCGACAGUACUGCAGGUAUAGUGCCGGCAGAGGCUAUUAUUGGGAGUUUAAAGAGUCUGAGGGCGAAACUACUAAAAAAGCACCAAAAGAAGAGGAAAAACCGCAGCUGGCUCGAAGUACAUAUUAUCACCGCACAAGAACAGACCCAAUGCUGAGAGAACUUUUUGCGAAAUUCCCUCCGCCCGACAACAUUGUAUGCUUUUUUCUCCCUAAAGCCGAUGCGACCGCAGCUGGUGGCUCUGCUGCUGAUAAAUCGGCACCAACUGCAUCCGCCACUGGUCAGGAUGCGAAACCAACCGAAGAUGCGUCAUCGGCUGCGCAGAAAGCAACGUUUGCCUCACCGUCGAGUGUCCCGAUGAUUCCUCCUCAUCGAAGCACGGGCGAAGCUUCAGGAGGUCCACUAAGUUUUCCGGGAACUGCGGCACCGCUGUCAACGCCGGCUAACCCGCCGCAGGAAACUGAUUUCAAGCGUUUUAAAACAGGUUGA